AGGGGCACUGGGGUGUAUCCCGUACUAAAACCUUGGCUCACAGACAUGUGUACUGGCCUGGUAUUGACAGAGAAAUUGAGCAUUUUGUGGCCGCCUCUUCCCAGUAUGUGAGCCAACAGGCGUCUCCCAGGUCAGUGUUCUCUUCAUGGCCGCCUGCAACCCGGGCAUGGGAACGUGUUCACAUAGAUUUUGCAGGCCCGUUUCGCAAUGGCUUUUGGCUCAUUGUCAUUGAUGCUUAUUCCCAAUUCCCAUAUGUGGUUCGCUGCCCCUCAACCACUUCAGAAGUUGCAAUCCAGGCACUCACAAAAAUCUUUUCUGUGAAAGGCCUGUCAGUCACCCUGGUAUCGGACAAUGGACCUCAGUUUAUUUUGCAGGCCUUCCUGGAUUUUUGUAGGCGCUUCGGUAUUUGGCACGUUUGCUCUCCCCCCUUUCAUUCACAAUCAAAUGGGGAAGCUGAGCGCAUGGUGCGCACAUUUAAGACGCAGAUGAAAAAGUAUGUGCACGAAUGUCCUGCAGAGGAGGCAUUGACGUUUUUCCUGACGGCAUACCAGACCACACCGAUGGGAGAAUGCAGCCUCACAGAGCUCCUCCACGAGCGCCAACCUAGGACUCUGCUGCACCUCCUCCAGCCUGGUCCUCGCCAGUCUUCGCAAAACGGGGUACCCGGCUUUCCACCGGGUAUGUGGGUCUGGGCACGUGGGUUUGGUCGCAAUCUACAUUGGAUACCAGCGGUGGUCCUGUACUGCAAUGGCCACAGGCUCUAUACCUUGCAGGCGGGGGACCGGGAGGUACGUCGUCACCAAAAUCAGCUACGUCCAUGUUUUGGCACCCACCCUCCAACCCCUCAGGCACUGGCUUCCCCAUUGCCGGCACCCGUGUUGUUUUCUCAGGGGAUGCUACCGCCCCUCCCUCCUGUGACUCCGCCACACUGCAUUGGUUCUCAGCCUUGGCGGCCUCCAGUAGCUCCAGCAUCGGCAUUGCCAUCGUUAGAGAUGCCCCGGCGAGAGCCGGCCCUCCUCGCAGGCCCGGUUUCUCAGGAGGCUGGUUCAUCUGUGGUCGUGCCUUCCCCAUCAUCCCCACCACUGGGUCUUGCCCCUCCCAAGGUGAAAUGGGAUCCGGAGUUCGACAGCUUGUCGCCCGUUCUGUCCCGGGCUCCGGUGGUGGGACGACGGGGGCCUCUUCUUGUGGGUCACUUCCAACCGUAUUCGAAGUUUUCGGCUGGAGGGUUGGCAGAUCCCCCCAACUCCAGCAUUCCAAUGGAAGUGGAGGCCAUCGCUACUGCACGAUGCUCCACCUUCCAACACAGUGGAUCACAGUGGCUUCACCCCCCGAAGGAGGAGGAGUGCAGUAGCCACCGGAAAGAUCGUGGGAGGCGCACAUCGGUACGGUGUGUCACGGACAGUAGUGGCUGCAAGUGAAGUCCCGUCCACCAGAGGGCACGCAAGAAUUUGGCCGCGCCCUCUGCCGGAGAAACAACAACAACUCUGGCAGCACGGGUAGUGUCCAGUCAGUUUUACAUCGGGCAUGCCUAGCAGACAGUUCCCGGUCUACACUAUGUGAAGUGCGAUGGACAACGAGAAUUGUGUUAAUACAGAGAAGGUGGAUGUUAAAAAUUCAUAGAGACCAUACCAGAGAAUAUAUGGAAGAAAAAUGUAAGGAGCUUCUUUAUGAACCAUUUGGACAGUCUGAUAACUUCUGCAAGACUGAUCAGCU